AGCAAUAAGCGCGAAGUCAAAUGAAAUUGUAUCCGCGUGUUUUCCUCAGACAGAGGCUUACUGUGGGGGAUAUCAGUGGUGUAAAGCUGUUUGGACCAACCGUUGCAAGGCCACAUUAUGGACACCAUCACAAUUUCACGACGAAAACAUCCCAAUAAUAAGGGAAACAAGGAGAACACUCAGCCUCCAACUGGAGCAAAAUCCUUUGUUAAAAUGGGCCCUACAUCAGCUGUGCCAUUCCAAAUCAAAGCCAACAAACAAGAGGAUGUCUUCAACAAGGAUGAUUCUCUUAAGGCAAAGGGUAAACAGCUGGGUAGGAAGCCAGUGUCUGGAGAGACUCAAAGAAAGUUCCAGAGAGAUACUAAAGAUGUCAAAGCACAAAUACUCAAACCCGCUGUGGCUGAAGCUCCAAAGCAGUCAGUAAAACCUGCUCCAGGGAUGUACAAAGGCAGAAUUGUUCAGUCAAAAAUUGGCUCUAUUUGGAAGUCAAGUGAUUCUUUGAGUGCAGCAGUUAUUAAGCCACCAGCACCUAAACUAGAGAGCGAAAAGGUCAAAGACACAGCCAUAAAGAACAGGUCCAAAUCUGUAACUGAGGUGUCCAGGCAAGUCGCCAAAAGGCCAGUGCCAAUGAGGUCCAAGUCAGUUUCUGACCAACCCCAUCAGGUGGGCAGGCCCCCCGUCGGUAACUGUCGCCCUGCUGGGUUCUGCUCUGCACGACCUCCCACCAGAACCCUCGCCGCCACGCUACCACCUGCUACAUCCAGAAGCACAACUGUGGCUGCCGCUAAAGCAAGAGGUGGUCAGAACUCAAAGCCGAAGAUUCCAGUGACCGACAAGAAAGCCAGUAGACCUGGGAUCUCAAGCACACUGAGUCAGUACAGAGUUGCUGCAGAGACUGCAGAAGAAAAACGAGCAAAACUGGCUGAGUGGCUGGCCUCCAAGGGGAAGACUCUGAAAAGACCUGCCAUGACAACCAAAGCACCUCCAAAAACAAAGCUUGCUACAAAAGUAAAAGUGGAUCCAAAGGUUCCAGAGAAUAUUGACCUGGAGCCCAGUGCACAGUGUGGAGCUGAACCCAACCCAGGCAUGCAGCAUGAAAUCCCAGCGCCCUCUGUGGAAACUCAGAGAGAAGGAGGUAGUGCACAGAGCCCAAUUCCUGGGAUCAUGAACACAACACUGGAUCUGCUGGACGACUCUGAGGCAGAUCUGUCUGAACCUCCUGGCAGAGUAGAUGAUAUUGUUGUGAACCUUUGUGACGCCCUGGAGGCCAUGGCGAUUCCAUCCGCAAGCUCUGAUGAUGCUGAUGCACAAUGCAACCAAGCAGAAGAAUGUAGAGAUGAAGAGCAGAAGGAUGAACAGACCGAGAUUAAAGAGGAAUCGGAAGUGAAGCAGGAAGAUGUUGAGGAAAGUGAGGAUGAUUCAGAAGAUGAUGGUAGUGAUGAUGUGAUGGAGACCACACCCCUAACUAGCGCUUCAGUUAUCAAAUACAGUGUGAAGACCACGCCAUACUUGCAGAGUGUGAAGAAAACGAUUGAAGGCGAGGUGAGUGCGAGCGCAUCGAGGAGGAAGAGCAACAUCAAAGACCUGAAGUUUCUGACGCCGGUGCGCCGGUCCAGUCGCAUCCACCAUAAAUCCUCCCAUCUGCCCACAAUGCUCACCGAUCACGAUCCAUGCGUGUCGUCGCUGGCCGAGCUGGUGAAGCUGGACGACGAUCCUAAUGCAUACAUCUACAGGAAGAACCCUGCGCUUCUGCAGGAGCUGCCGGAUCAAAAUACAUACUAAGUAUUUAGUUUUUAUACGGAAAUGUAAAGGACUUAAGCUAUGGCACACUACAUAGGUACACUUUGUUUUACUAACCUAAAGUAAGUGUGAGUAACUGUAGAACUAUGUUCUACAGUUACUCAAUUUUUCAGUAUAAAAUGACACCUAAUCUACGUCCUGUUGUUUUAAAAGUCAGAAACUUAAACUCAGAAAAUUAGGAUGCGAGCUCUACUAAGAGCUUGCAAUGACUAAACAAAAAAGGCAUUCAACACAAUUCACAAUCAAUCCCACUUUAAUUGAUCACAUUGUAAAAAAACAAAAAAAUCCAAAGCACUCUUAAUUGAACACUGCUUUCAGUUACACACCCAAUGGAAAAUUAUACGUCCUGAUAUCAGACAGGAUGUUUUGACUCCAGCUUCAGGUAAAAACGGAGAUUCUUAAAACCCAAAUAACCCCAAAACAACUCAAGAACCAAAAUCACUUUGAUGCAGUUUUCUUCCCUAAAGUAUAAAAAGUACUUCUCGCAACCGUCCGCCGACUCCCAUGGGAAGAUGUUCAGUGCUGUAGGCUGAAGAGCAACGUUGCUGCCUGAAGGUUUUAUGUUCUCGAAAGACCCCGGUUGUCCAGAUCUUUCACCUGAAACAAGAGAAAAGUUGAAUCCCGAAACAAGACGAUGAGUUAAUCUGAUUCCAGGACUAACAUUUUCAAAGCUUUCACUGAUGACUGCCUAGUGGAAAGCUGCAAUGCAACAUGUUCUAUUUAUGCUGAAUUGCCUGUGUACAUUCUAAGCUGCUGCUUAUUUUGUCUGAAACUGUUGCACCAAUAAUUUGAAGUUUGAAAUAAAUGCAUUUUACCUUGA